CUUUGGGAGUACCAGGAGAAGAAUAGCUUUGGGUUUAAUUUGAGUGGUCUUGUGCCAAGAUUUCCUGGAAGAACAUUUAAUGUCAUCGGAAAUGCCUUAAUUUGUCCAACUGGCAAUGAGAAAGAAUGCUAUGGGGCAAUUCCUAUACCUAUGUCCUUCAACAUAAAUAAUGAUUCUCCCGGUGAUCAAAGUAUACAAAAUCCGAAAAGACAUACAAUAAUUUGCCCAGUAGCUUACGGUCUCGCGUGCAUCUGUUUCAUUAGCCUUGCACUUGGUCUACUUAUUUGGUGUCAUAAAAGGCGUAGCCAACAAGUAUUCUUCGAUGCAAAUGAUCAACACAAAGUAAUCUGCCUUGGCAAUUUGAAAAGGUUUCAGUUCAGGGAGCUUCAAAUAGCAACAAAUGGUUUCAGCAGCAAAAACUCACUUUGCAAAGGUGGCUUUGGAAAUGUCUACAAAGGGAAGCUACAAGGCAGAACCUUAGUCGCUGUUAAAAGACUCGAUGGCGGUAAUGUGGCAAGCAGAGAGAUACAAUUUAAAGCUGAAGUGGAAAUGAUCAGCCUAGCAAUUCACAGACACAUCCUUAGGCUUUGUGGAUUCUGCAUGACUACUACUGAAAAGCUACUAGAUGUGUUUUAUUUUCCAUUUCCUAGCUAGGAAAACACUGACAGCUUUCCUUCCUCUUCUUUUCUAACUUGUGUAGUAAGGCCAGCUCUAGACUGGAGUACUAGGAGAAGAAUAGCUUGCUAAGGCAAAGAUUGAUGCAGAAGCAAGGGAGACGAAAUUAAAGGCUUCAACAAAGCACAAAAGAAGAUCCCACUCUGAAUCAGAUAGUGACAAUGAAGAUAACAUGUAUAACAUAUUUUGAAUUAGACAAUGAGAGUGACAGUGAUCAGCAUAUUUUGGAUUUCGAUUACAUGUAUAGCUAUUAUUUUCUCAUUUUGAUGUGUAGUUAAUUUUUGAAAUUUGAAGAUAACAUUUUCAUGGAUUGAAUGUAGUAAAUAUUUAGUUUUGUA